AUUAUUUGACGCAUUCAUUAAAAUUUAAAAAGUUUCUCUUCAGAUGUCGAGUAUUGAUUAUAGUAAAUGGAAAGAUAUUGAAAUAUCAGAUGAUGAAGAUGAUACACAUCCCAAUAUAGAUACACCUAGCUUAUUUAGAUGGAGACAUCAAGCAAGAGUUCAAAGAAUGGAAGAGUCGGAAAAAGAAAAAGAAAAUUAUAGUAUAGCUGUUAAAGAAAAUAAUAAAAAAAAAUUAGAAAUACAAGAUAAAAUGAAAGACAUAGAAGCCAAGCAAUUAAACGACCAAGAAAACAAUAAUAAAAAUCUACUGGAAGAUUUAGCAAAAAAAUUAAAGAAUAUUGAAGAUGAGGGGCAUAUGCUAAAACAAAAAUGUGAAGAGUUAGAGAAAAAAGAAAAGUUAGCCCCAUGGAAUGUAGAUACAAUAAGUAAAGAAGGAUUUACCAAAACAAUUAUUAACAAACCAAUUCCAAAAGAAGAUAAAUACAAUUCUCUUAGUGAAGAUGAAAAGGCCAAAAUUCAAGUUCAGUUCAACAAGGAACAUAUGAAGGAAUUAAAAACGUUGGGUUUGCUGCACAGAUGGGAUGACACUAAAGCUUACCUAACAGAACAUCCAGAGCUAGUUUGUGAAGAAACAUCCAAUUUUUUUGUCAUUUGGUGCAUAGAUCUAGAAGUUGAAGAAAAACACGAAUUGAUGGCGCACGUUGCUCAUCAAACCAUUACCAUGCAAUAUUUGCUUGAGCUGGCCAAGAAGUUAGAGGUCAACCCAAAAGCGGUUGUGAGUUCCUUCUUUACCAAGAUAAAGUUGGCUGAUAAAGAAUACAUGGAUACCUUUAACGAUGAAUUAGAAGCCUUCAAGCAAAGAGUCAAAGAUCGAGCUAGAAUUAGGAUAGAAAAGGCUAUAAAAGAAUUGGAAGAGGAAGAAAGACAAAAGCGUUUGGGACCUGGUGGGCUUGAUCCGGUAGAAGUAAUGGAGCAGUUACCCAAGGAAAUGCAAGAAUGUUUCGAAAAACAGGAUACACAGUUGCUAAAAAAAUUUCUUCCUACCAUCGAAAGGGCCGAAGCCGAACGACUUAUGAAAUUAUGCGUUGAUUCGGGAUUAUGGGUGCCAGAUGCCAAUCAAGCCAAACCAAAAGCAGAAGAUUCUGGUGAUGCCGAAAAAGAACCUUAAAAAUCUAAUCCAUUUUAAUUUAUAAAACAAAUUAUAUUAUUACCACAAUGAAGGACAUAUAAAUUAUUUUUUCUAUAUUACAUUGUUUUUAAAAAAACUUAUCUCAAAUGAAAUAAGAAUAUGAUUACUUUUUUAGUUUUUUUUGUAAAUAAAAAUGCUUUACUUGUAAACAAAUCUCAAAAAUAUUGAUAAAAUUAAACAAUGUUAGA